AUUUGACAGUACCUCACCUAACCUAACCUUUAAAAUGUGAACAAAUAAUAAAUUUUGUAAUUAUUUAAGCCGGAAAAUGAUUACGUGUACUGUGAAUUUAUUGUGCUUUAGCUGAAACGUGAACAAUCACGCCCUAACACCGUCUAAUCUGGUCAAAUUAUACUGUUGAAGUCAUUUUUUGCUUGAGAAUGUUAGGUUAAAGUUUCAUAACCUUUUUGUAAGAGUCGUGGACGGAUAUUUUGGCAACCAAAAUGUCAACUUUGGAGUAUUCCGAAUCUGUUCGACCAUGGGGAAGAUCUUCAUGGAAAAACGUCCACAACUGCAAACUGUGUCCCUAUUUUACAACAUCGGUGUUCUUUAUGGUGAACCACGUGCGACGACACCGUUUAUCUCAGGAAAAAUAUACGUGCGAAAACGCCAAAAUCGAAGAGUAUCAUUGUAAAGACUGCGAUUUUAAAACGGAACUAACGAUUCUGUUCAAACAACACAUUAAUAAAAAUCACGGUGUUAAAGACGAAUCUAUGGACGAUUUAUCACUUCAGGACUUCAGUGUACGAAAUUACGUUUGCGAAAAGUGCGGUUUUGAAACAAAUUUGUUGUUAAAGUGGGGUGAACAUACUUCAGAUUGCAGGGGAAAAAAAGAAAAUCUAGCAAGUGUGAGUUCUGUGAAAGAGAAUACAAAUAUUUUCCAUUUCAAGAAAAUUGACGGAAAACGUUGGUAUUAUUGUACGAAAUGUUCCCACAAAUCUAGACAUAAAGGUAAUUUUAAACAUCAUAUGAGUAAACAUGAUUUAAACAAACAGUAUGUGUGUGAUAAGUGUCCAUUUAAAACCAAAUGGAAAGGAAAUCUAAGCAGGCACAUAAAACAAAACCAUUUAUUAGAGGAACGAGAUGUUGAAUGGCACAAAUGUGAAAAAUGUCCUUACAAAACUGUAGUCAAAAGUCGUUUAACUGUACACAUAAACAACUUACACUUGAAAGAAGAAGAAGGUAAAUGGUAUCAUUGCAAUGAGUGUCCAUAUAAAACUAGGUCUAAAGUUAGUUUAAAGAGUCACGCAAAUUUCAAACAUGGAACGUGGCACAAAUGCGAACAGUGCGAAUUUAAAACAAGGGACGAAAGAUCUUUAAGCCACCACAAGAAAGUGGUGCAUUUAAAGAAACAAAAUGCUGAAAAGCGUGAAUCAUUUAAAACCGAAAAUUCGUUUCACUCGAACAAUGAAGACCUCAAAAAUAAGUGCUACGAAUGUAAAUAUUGCCCAUUCAAAACUAAAUGGGAGUGGCAUUUAAAAAAACAUAUAAUUUCGCAACAUUUGGAUGACAAAGAAAUUAAAUGGUACCAAUGUGACAAAUGUCCGUUCAAAACUAAAAUUAAUUCAAGUUUAAAGAAACACAGAGAUGUUCAGCAUUCAGAAGAAGCAGAGUGGUAUGAAUGUGCCAAGUGUACGUAUAAAACGAAAGUAAGAGGCAGUUUAAUACGGCAUGUACAGGUUCAUUUUGACAUCAAACCAUAUAAGUGUGAAUACUGUCCAUAUAAAACCAAACGUCGUUGUUAUUUAAAGAUUCAUAUAAGUAAGCUCCACAAAAAGCAGACCUAUUCAGAUGGCAAAGAUGUUAAAUGGUACAAGUGUGAAAAAUGUUCUUUCAAAACUAGAAGAAAAUAUUGUUUAAAAGGUCACAUAACCAACAUACACUUGAAUGAAGAAGACAUCAAAUGGCAUCAUUGUAAUGAAUGUCCAUAUAAGGCAAAACGUUCAUAUCAAUUAAAACGUCAUGUAAUCUGUAGACAUUUGAAUGAAGAAGAAAUCAAGUGGUACGAGUGCGAAUAUUGUCCGCAUAAGGCGAAACGCAAGGACUAUUUAACGAAUCAUAUGAAUACAUGUCAUUAAAAAAAAACUGACGCUAAUAAUGCAAAUGCGAUCAGUGUCCUUACAAAAGCAAAUUCAUAUAAUUUCUUUAUAAACACAAAGAAAAAUGACAUAAAUAUGAUUUAAUUUAGUUUGGUGUAGAGUGAGUGGUAUUAAGUGUAUUGUAUACAUGCGAUUACGGUUUUGUGUUUAAAGAAAUUUGCCUUAUUUUAUGACAAUUUUUUCAUUAAAAUUGAGAAAAAACUAAACUUCUUAUUCUCCACGUUAAAUAAAUAUAAUGCCUCAAAAAAAAUAUAUUUCCGUAACACGUAUAUGCGAACCAUCAAGUUUCCUCAAUGAUGUCAUCAGGUCAUACAUAUACGCUUAUUAGCAUCACAGUGUUUGUUAUUUUAUUAUCUAAUCAAUCGAAAAUUGAUAUCAAAUUGUAGAUAAUCUACAGCUAGUUACGAUUCUGAAAUCGCCGUGCCGAUGUCUGGUCUAAUAAACACGCAAAGUGAGUUCAAAAUUUCAAGAAAUUUUCCAAAAAAGUGGUUAUAAUUGGUUUAACCGACCCAAAAUUGGUGUCAAAUUGUAGAUAAUCUUCAGCUAGUUACGAUUCUGAAAUCGC